AUGUUGUUCGUCCCCUCUGAAGACUUGACCUGUCACAACUUUGGCUCUCGCUCGGACCUGUCGGAUCGCCAGCAAUUUGCCUGGGCCUAUCAAACUGAAACCAAAGUCCGUUUUGAGAAGUUGGAAGGCCGAAGCGCCAGUAACAGACCUCCAAGUAAUGCUGCUGCUCCCUUAUCCUCUGACUAUUUGAUCGAGGUGUACCCCUCCCAAGCAGCUGCAAGCGCGAGUGCGGAAAGUGAGCUGGAAGGAGAUGUGCAAAAACUCCAACGCAAGGCCUUGGAGUGCAUGAAAGAGAUCAAACAACAAGAUGGCUCCUUGACCCCUAUUCAAAUUGAUCCUGAAGUGUCUACUGUCCCUCCUCUGAAGGAAACGUCGUUCAAUGGUGCACUGUCAGUUCCUCCCAAUUUUCUCUUUUUUGAGGUUUGCUUGGAAUGCUAUGUGGGCUAUGGACUUGACAAAUUGUUUUCUGGCGGCAACGACUCAGACGACGAGGACUCCGACGACGAGGACUCCGACGACGAGGACAACGACGACGACGACGACCAAUCCCAACUUCCCAAAGCAGCCAUAAUGGGUGGUGCUGUGGUGACAGCCCUGUCUUGCUGGCGAGACGAAUAUAUUGUUUCGCUCUUUCGAGAAGUCAAUCUAGAAGAGUUGCUGGACCAAUUUGCUGCAAAAACUGCUAAGUAUUCAGACAAGUAUCCAGAACGAAAGAAGAAACUGACAAAGGUACUGCUGGCAGAUAUACAAGAAGAGUACAAGACCCGAAAAGCUUUGCUCAAAACAAUCCUACAUGAGUAUUUUUUAAGCACCGGCGAUGAAGAUGGGCAGGUGUCUCCCUUUCAUGCUGGAGAUGUGGAUGUAUUCCUGCAGGCCACGCCCUUGACUCGAGCACUCUACAGAACCUUGAUGGGGAGCUGUGGCCAACAAACUGAUCUCUUCAACACAAUCGAGAGCUUUGUUGGGGGUAUUGGCUGGUCUCACAACGAAUUGCAGGCGUUUGCAGGCAGAUUUUACGGAUCAUUAUGGAGCAAGUAUGAAGAAGACCAAGGAGGAUUUGUGUAUGCAUUGGCAAAGAAUGGGCUGUCAAGCAUGUAUGCUCCAUGGGGAAAACUACCGUAUCGCGGUGAGCCACCAUCAAACCUUCCAUGGCCGCGCAAUACGCAGCUCAUCAUGCUGGAUCCACGGGCAGACAUGUUGGGAGCGCUUAUGGACUUUGAUGUCUCUACGGCAGCAUGUGCCUUUGAUGGCAUUUCUGUUCGGAUCACACCUAGAGCAGCACUCAGUUUGGUCCGAAAGGUUGCGGUCGUGACUCCCUUUUGCUUUGAAGAGAAACGGAAUCGAAGGCGCAUCACAAAGUAUUGCCGCCGUGGUUUCUUCCCGGCUAUCCUGGAUCCACACUGCCUGCACCCUCAGCAUUGUCAGAGAACUUUCAACCCCCACAUCUUUGGGCCACCGGCUGACUUGGUUGAACAGCCAAAUGCCAAUAAAAAAGUGUGGCAAUGGACUUCCCCUUCUGCAGAAAUCAUUCAAGAGACUCAAACGAAUUUCGAACGAUAUUACGAGCAUGACAAACAUAAUGCCUUCGCCGAUUUCGUGUGCUGCUGUACAGCUUAUGAUGACAGAUUACAUAUGAUUGAUCUAAUCGAAGAAAGUGACGGCCAUGCCUUGAGGUUCUUCGCUGAUCUCAACCAAUGGGAUGAUGAGAUGCACAACAAAGUCAACAGUGUUCCAAGGCACUUGCGUCAAGCAUGCGAGGCGUGUCGCAAGAGGUAUGCUUUGUACUUGCUCUUGAACGACAAGUCUCGAGAAAAUGAACCAGCAUGGAACAACACCGAUUUGCGCGAAGACAAGGCAGUGCAAUGCAUGGGUAUUGGCAAUAACUACUUCCGGCCAUCCUUUUAUGCUGGUGGUGCCUUUGAUAGCACACGUGUGAGAGGUCGAGCGCGUCAUUUCUGCGAGGCCCAAGCAGUGUUGCAGGGGCAGAGCAUAGCCGAACAACUUCGGUACAUCGUGGAGCAUGGCACGGUGAAGGGCUACCACCAACGUUUUACUUUCGAUCCUCUUCCGUAUUUCAGAAUUCAACUGAACUCAAGGACUGGGCUUCAAAAUGUGUUUGGUCAAGCCAUGCAGAAGACAUUGGCUCACCCUGCACGACCACCAAUUGGGCUGAACCCCGAGCGGUUCCUUGCCCGUUGUCUAGGCUGUUCCAAAUGGUUGCAUGGAUAUGAAUUCGGAACGGAAAUGUGCACUGACUGCUUUGAUUCCAAGCCUGCGGCUGUUUGA